CGCUCGCCUGUGCCACCUCGAGCCCACUCGACACACCGCCCACCAUGGUCGCAGGCAAGCUCGACCUCCAGAAGCGCCAGCACCGCGAGCGUGCUCAGCCCACGCACCGCAAGAAGCUCGGCCUCCUCGAGAAGCACGCCGACUAUGUCAAGCGCGCGCGCGACUUCCACUCGAAGGAGGACCGCAUCCAGAAGCUGCGCGAGAAGGCCGCCAUGCGCAACAAGGACGAGUUCUAUUUCGGCAUGAUCAACUCCAAGACCAAGAAGGGCAUCCACGUCCAGUCGCGCGGCAACGAGCCGCUCCCGACCGACCUCGUCAAGGUCCUCAAGACCCAGGACGCCACCUACAUCCGCAUGCAGACCAAGAUGGAGCAAGGCCGUGUCGAUCGCCUCAAGGAGCAGCUCACCUCGCUCGUCGACCUCGCCCUGCCGUCCGACUCGGCGGCAGCAAAGGGCAAGCAGCCGGCCGAGGGAGAGUUUGACGAGGACUGGGACAUGUACAGCGACGACGAGCCCGUCGCGUCGACGUCGCAGCCGCGCAACCACGUCGUCUUUACCGACGACAUCGACACGGUCCGCUCGGGCAACGCCUCGGCCCUCCUCCGCAAGCGCGCAACGCCCACCGCGCUCCCCCUCGCCUCGACUUCCUCCUCUUCCGCCUCGACCAAGCCCUCGAGCGGCCCGACGCCCCGCACGCGCAAGCCCAAGUCGCGCGCCGCCGCCUCGUCCCUCGAGGAGUCGGCCGCCGACCUCGCGGCAACCGCCGAGCAGGUGCGCGCGCAAGCGGCUGCGCACCGCGCCGCGCUCGAGACUGAGCUCCACGCGCGCGAGGAGCGCCUCGUGCAGCUGCGGCGCGCGACGCGCGAGCUCGAGCUGCAGCGCGCGCUCAUGAGCCGCGGCGCCAAGCAGCCGAAGCUCGAGCGCAACCCGGACGACAAGGGCAAGGGCGAGGACGAGUGGUGGAUGGCAGGUGUCAAGGGCGCGCCAAAGGUGCAGGACGACGGCGAGAAGAAGCUGCCGAUGGCGGGCGAGGGCGUGACGACGGGUGCGAGGGUCUGGAAGUGGAAGGCGCAGCGCAAGCGGUAGAGCCCGUUGUGAGCCGACGCGAGCCGACUCGAGCGGCGUAGUCGAGGAGAAGCCUGUCAUUUCUACACCUGCAGCCUGUUGUCACAUUC